AUGUUUUGGAAAGUCUCUAAGAUGUUCUUUGGUGGCUUGGUGGCACUAACAACAAUAUCGGUUGCAACCCUUUAUCGCUACCAAAACCGUUUAGUCUACCCAUCAUGGGCCCAAGGUGCGAGAAAUCAUGUUGAUACUCCUGAUUCUCGUGGAAUACCCUACGAAAGGCUAACUUUAAUUACGCAAGACCACGUAAAACUCGAAGCAUGGGACAUUAAGAAUGAAAACUCAACAAGUACUGUGUUGAUUCUAUGUCCUAAUGCUGGUAAUAUAGGGUACUUUAUACCAAUAAUUGACAUUUUCUAUCGCCAAUUUGGAAUGAGCGUCUUUAUUUAUUCGUAUCGUGGUUAUGGUAACUCGGAAGGUUCACCCAGCGAAGACGGUUUGAAAUUGGACGCCGACUCUGUUAUAUCAUAUUUAUCAACUGAUCCAUUCCAUGCAAAGAGGAAGUUGGUACUAUAUGGUAGAUCUUUAGGUGGCGCUAAUGCUCUUUACAUUGCUUCAAAAUUUAGGGAUUUGUGCGAUGGUGUAAUAUUGGAAAAUACAUUCUUAAGUAUUCGGAAGGUUAUUCCAUAUAUAUUUCCCCUUUUAAAACGAUUUACGCUUCUAUGUCACGAAAUCUGGAAUUCGGAAGGCCUUAUGGGAAGCUGUAGUUCAGAAACUCCAUUUUUGUUUUUAAGCGGAUUGAAAGAUGAGAUUGUUCCACCCCUUCACAUGAGGAAACUGUACGAGACAUGUCCUAGUGCCAAUAAAAAAAUUUUUGAAUUUCCACUUGGUUCACACAAUGACACCAUUAUUCAGGAUGGGUAUUGGGAUAUAAUAAGGGAGUUUUUAACAGAGAAAGGUCUUAUCUAA